AUGCGGCAGGACCAGGCGGAUGCGGCGGGCACGGCCGUGCCCCUUCCUUUAGUGCAGGAGAUCGACCUGGGGCCCUUCGCGCUACAUAUCGAGACGUGGCCGAAAUACCGCAUUGGAAGCAGCCUUUGGCCCUCAGGAGUUCUGUUGGCCAAAGCUUUGGCCUCAGGCACCCUUUCCGCUGCUCGGUGUCCGAAGACGGGCGCCCAGCUGUUGCCAGCGCUCCACGAUGCCUCGGUGCUCGAGCUGGGCGCUGGACCCGGGGCGCCUGGCCUGGCCGCAGCGCGCCUGGGCGCCAGGGUGGCUUUGACGGACUACGCUGAGCUGGUGCCGUUGAUGGAGAGGAACAUCGCACUGAACCAGCUCACAGGCACGGCACGCGCUGUGGCAUUGGAUUGGAGUGCUGCCGCCUCGUCCGAAUUUGCUGGCGAUGAUGCUGCGCCACUGGACUUGAUCUUGGCAGCAGAUGUGGUGUAUUUUGAAGAGCAAGAUCCAUUGGUUGAUGCUCUCAAGUUAUUUUUUGAAGAGACCGUCCAGUCAGCUGGUAGAGCAGCUAGUGGGUGGCCGUUGCAAGCUCAUGCAGCCGGGCGAUGUGGUGAGGUGCAGCGAAGCAGAGAUUGCCGUUGCGGUGCGAAAGAUGGAGGCCAAGAUGAGGAAGCAGCAGGCGAAGGAGCGGAAGCGCCAGGCGCUCAUGGAAGGCACCCGAGAGAUCGUGUUGCUUCUCUUGAAAUUCGGCGCUGA